AUGUCGUCUGCAAGUCGCGUUGGACGGAUUCUCCCUUCUCGAAUCGAUACAAAUAUCACCAGAAAUACUUAUUCAGAAUUCGGAAAUAUCCCUUCUCCGAAACCCUCAGAAACAGAAGACUCGUUCCGGUCACGACCCGAUGUCCCGUCCUUGCUCAUAUCACCAUCCUACAACACCACAACGUUCGAGGAGUCGGCCAGUUCGUUUGGAGGUCUAAAGCCGCAGCAAAAACAGAAUACAAAUGCGAAGGCCAAUAAUGAACUCAGAAAACUCCUCACUCAUGUUUUAACGCAGCUCGUCAAUCGCAGGAAACCGCCAGCGAUAUCUGAUACAGUGAAGGAGAUUGGGAAGGACGCGACGGAGCACGGGGUUGCGUCCUUCACAGAUGUAUUCAAAGAUGUAGCGAAGAUAGGGAAGGCGAUUAGACGGGCACCUCCCAGGCCUGUUACCGCUGCAGACGAAGACGAAGAGGAGGAGGAUCCGCAGAGCUUUUCCACCGAGGCUACCUUCGACUUGUUGUUGCAGCUGAAGGAUCUGUUGUCAAUGUCUUUGAGCCAAGGCUGGCAUAUUUUCGAGGAAGACCAAUCUCAGGACAGUACCUUUAAACCGAAAGAAGAAGUGAAAUCAGCCUCACUCUUGCGUCGUUCUCGCCAAAGCUUUUCGGGAAAGCGCUCGCGUUCGUCAUCUCCUACAGGAAGUCGACAGCAAGUUCGGGUCCCUGAACUGCUUUCCCUAUGCAUUGCUGUUCUGUCGUCCAUAAUCUAUGAAGACUGCAGAUUUCAGAUCAUUUCCCCUCGGCCUUCACGGCCUCCCAACGCAUUACAGGCCCUGUCCCUCGCCGUCGCCCAGUUCCUCAUUCAUACACAUCGACAUGAUCCCAAGGUUAUAUCCCGCAUUGGUUUCGCCGUUAUCCCAGCCUUUUCAACUUUCCAGCCAGAAAUGCACGGGCGCCUAAUCUCAUUCUUUGAAACCUCUGUCAUACGGGGGAUCUUGGAAAGCUUGAGGCAUGCCCAAGGAUUUGUUUCGGCGGAACCAUCGACACUCAUGAGCCCAGUAGAACGGCGCGAAAGCAACCCAAUUGUGUCAAUCCACAUCGACGAAGUCCAGGGGAACUCCCACCAUGAGCUGACCGGACCCGUCGUCAAAGUUCAAUCUAGUAGCGCCCCUCACCAAGACUCCGCGAUAUAUUAUCUCUCCUCUCUGGUAGCGCCACUGAUGGCCGCGAUUCUAGAGACGGUCGACAUCAUCUCCCUCGAUGCGACAGACGAGUUAUCCGUCCGAUUUCACCAACUUAUGGAUGUCAUCUCAAAUUUGAAGGUCGAUGCCUAUAACGAUCUCCUGGCCAUUGUCGCGUAUCACACCGCCAGGUCAAGGAAACAAGCUUGCGCUAUCCUUGCCUCCCUGUGGCCCAAGAUAAUUGGGCACAGCUCGAUUAGCACCCCUCUCUCGAUCCCGUUGAUGCCACAAUGGAGUCACAUUCCUCAUCGGAUCUCCUCCGCCUACGUACAUAACCACCACCAAUUUGUUCCGUGGCACUUCAUCCAGAAGUCCACCUGGUCGGAAGAGACCCUACCUCAACACCCUUGCUCUGCCUGUGCAAGUGCCAUCCACGGAUUCGGGCUCUUGUGCCCCUUCUGUCUUUGUUCAGUCCAUUUCGACUGCUAUGACCCCCCGGAAGGAAGCCUUUUCCUUCAAUAUAGCCUAUCCAGUGAUGCCUCCGUUCAAAAGGUUGCCAUGUUCCGCUUUUCGUACCUCCUGGCCAGCCGCGACGUCGGUGACCCUUUAUUGACCCCACAACGACACAACUUCAAAACGAUUAACUUGUUCACCGUAUCGCUUUGCCAUGUCUGUUCCCAGCCUCUGUGGGGAGAUGUGGCACAAGCAGUCAAAUGCACGGAAUGCUCCUUGAUUGCCCAUCCUUCAUGCCUGAAUACAUUAUCUCUCCCCCGCUGCACCAUCCUUCAGUUAACCUCCGACCAACUCACCAUCGACAUUAAAGCUCUCCGGCGCUCCAUUGUCAACCACUAUCCUGAACUGCGAUGGACAUAUGACCAUCUUAGCAUGCUCAGUUUCGAGGAAGUCGUGGUCAUCCAUGAUAUCCUCCGAACGCAGCUGGCUCUGCUAACGAACGGGAUCGCGUUGGGCUCAAUUAUCGUCAAGCAGAAAGGUGGAAGCGCCUCCGUGAACCAGGGCACCAAGCUGGAGGAGUUCGAGUUGCAUAGAGCGCUCGGGUGGUGUAGAGAGUUGGUCGAGUCUCUCAGGCUUCCGAGAUCAACAGCGACCAUCGACUACAUGGAGGAAAAUAACUUAAACCAUCACGAGAUCUCGUUCCUUUACGACUUUUCCAACCUUGUCUACCUUACGACUGCAAUGAAAUCUCCGAUCUCCACGCAAGCUUUCAAUCAUCCUCCGUCUUCUGAUCUCCUCAAUGUCAACCACUUCGAGGCCUUUGGGGAGACGACGGGAGAUUCCACUGCUCAUCCUUACGAAGCUGCCCCCCUCUCGCACCUCCGAGACAUUCUCAACGUCGAAUUCAACAUCCACACCCCAAGCGUCGUCAACACCCUCCUGAUCCAACUCCACCACAUGUCCUUCUUCGAGCGCCUCGAGGCAAAGACAACACCAUUUACGGAAUCCAUUUCAGACAAUUCGACUACCUUAGCGGCGGUGGAAGUGUGCUUGCUGGACCUCGACUUGUCUGUCAAUGAAUUCGCUUUUCUCUUGUUAGUUCGACGGUUCUGGCCCAAUGGGUUGAUGUCGGACUAUGGCCUCAAGAGGUUGGCGAGGAGUAUCUUGUCGUGGAUCAUUGCAGAGGAUGACAACUUGGCAACGAUAUUGCGCGAAUAUAUCGCCAAGCAGCGGCCUCUUCCGGGCGUUAAACAUCCUCACGACAUCCCUCCCUGGCCAGCUUCGCGCUUUGCCUCUCGUAACACUACUGACUCGCCGGCUGUCAGCAAUGGUCGAGAUUAUGUUCAAGCCAGGCGGGCCCUGCUUUCUCGAUAUGCUGAGCCCUGGUUGCUAUCUCUUCACAACCAGGACCCGGAGGCAUAUUCGAGCAUUAUUUAUGACGCUUGCGUGGAAUUGGCGGAGGAUCGGACUGCCAGUGGCGGGGUGUUCGAGUACACCUCGGAAAGCGCAUUGGGGAAAUCGCCCACGCGGUUAAACGAGAUCCUAUACUGCAUCAGUAAAGUCUCGCAGUCGUUCAUUGCUUUCACGGCAAUGAACGAUCUGAUCCUGCGCUGGUUGCGGUCAGCAGCCAAUCUUAGUCCUGAUGCAACACACAUAACUGGUCUUCAUCGGAUUUUUCCUCGAGAUGUGGACCCCGGUACUCCUGCGAGCAUGCUUGUGAGCCCGGCGAUUGUCCGAUCCCCGACCAAAGAGGCGAGUCCGUCUCCUGUUGAGGUCGAUGGCCCAUUUCAGAUUCUACUGGACGUUGCUUCGCACAGCGAGGGGGACCUGACCCAGUCCUUAAAAUGGCUUUUGAUGAUUGCUCGAUCCGGGAUAGAACUGUCAUCUGACAUACUAGAACGGUUCUUGACCCUCGUCAACACUUACCCAGCUAAUCUGGAGAAUGCGCAUCUCUUUGUGCACACCGUCAUGCUCUCGUUUUGGCUCAAGUCAAUAGGGAGACAGAACAUGCAGUUCUUGUUCUCUAAACUAUUCUCAACGUUUGAGAUGGCGCUUAUAUCUGCACUCAAAGGCGAUCUUGCGACACUAUAUGGGAAGAGCUUAAAUACAUUCCGCAUGUCCCUUGCGUCGUGCGCAUUGAUUUACGGAUGCGAUCGACCUACCAUUCUUGAGACUCAGUUAAUCACGGAACAGGAAGUCAAGGAACUCCCUUCAAGGAGGAAACUCAUCGCACGGGCCUCUAACGUUGUCGACCCCAUCCUGAUUGACCCUGGUAUCCUCUUUACAAUUGGCCAAUUCUUGCGCCUUGACAUACCCGUGGUUACGGCCUUCAUUGCCAAAUUCUUCCACCUUUUCUUCAGCCAUUCACCGCUCGUUGCUCCAUACGAGAUCGACAAUUUCAUAUUAAGGAAUAGCGCCCUUGUAGCGAGUUGUGCCUGGAAGUUCUAUGGUGUCGAGAAGCACGACAUCGACGCAAUACGAUCCGAGUUCCUGCUCAGGGUUUUGGCUGUUGACUCCGAGUCCUUCAUAUCAAUCGUCGACGACGGGCUGGAUGUCGCACUGCAUUGGGAAAGGCGGCUUAGGACUGUCACUCGGUUAGCGCGGAUACUGAAUGACGUCACGAGCCCGGCGUUCUUCGUCGAUGGACGACAAUGGCGCUCGACGGUCGCAGAAGUAUUCAGUACCUUUUUCUCAUUGCUCUGGAAGGAAGAAAAGGAAGAGAUUAGAUUGUCAGUCCGCACAAUCUGUACAGGUCUCCUACCAGCACAGCUUGAGGCCAUCUCGCAAUGCUGGAAUGAAGCCCUCGCCAAGUCACCGAUGAAGGAUCGACUGAAGAUGGUUGCUUUUUUAUUGCAAUUGCGACCGCAUUUUCCUGGCUGGAAACUCAUCACCUGGGAGACCCUCGUUGAAACGAUGGUCGAGUUCCACUACGAUACUCCAACUGAUGCCACCGAACUGCAGGUUAUGCAGUCCUCAUACCUGUCUCAAUCAAAUCCAGACAUGGCUCAUCUUCUUGUAUCCGUGCUGUUGCUUGCUAUGGCAAUGUUGUCGGACGGGAUGGAAAUUGAUGCCUUUUCCCUCCUCAAGAUCAAAGUCCAGCUGGUCAGAAUCCUCGGGUUCCGCGAGGUUUCUGUUGUUCCUAUACAUGACACGGCUUACUUCGAAAUCCAACAUGGCGACGCACUCGGCAUCCCGGACAUCGCAUACCCAUGCCUGGACUAUCUUGUUCCCCUAGUGGACGCACCCCAUAAAGUCGAGCUACCCGCCGCAAUCACGGGGUCUAGCUACGAGCAAACCCAUGGGUCUACCAAUUUUUUGGUCGGCUACAUGUUCAUCGAUGUUGUCUUCAAUCUCGUUGGAACUUUGGAAAGGCUCGAGUCCCUCCCUGUGCUAUCGCUGAAGGCGCUCCUGGAAUCUGUUUACAUCAUUGUCAACAAACAUGAUUUCGAAGUAUUUCCGGCAAGGUCAUUCCAACCUCUCCUUCGGAAGGCUGUGGUUCGCAUUGUAGACCUUAUCUCGAAGAACGUCAACUAUGAAGUUCGACAGCUGGCUUUGACGGUCACCCAGGCCUUCCUGAAGCGGUGCUUCUCAUUCCUUGGGUCAAUCAUCCCGACAAUUGUGGAGCACGUCACGGAGAUGGUAGUUCCUUACGGGACCAGCAACCAGGAUCUAUUGAUCGCACAAGGAAGGUCACUCGUCCUCAGCAUUUUGACGAGCCAUUCCGGGAGCGGUCUCCUUGCCGGGUUAUUCAAGCGCCAACUUAAGCCCAGCUUCUUUACUGUGUUGAAACAAGUACUUGAUUCGAAGGAGGCCGUUACGGACCCUUUCACGGAGCCCCUUGCUGCGACCCUCCUCCGCGACACAUUGCACAGGGCCUCCUCUGACAGCGACUCGGGAACGAUGCAAAACGUUAUUAACAACCUGUACUCGUUUGUGAAGCUUCACUAUGAGGAUUACAGUCCAGAGCUAAUGUCAUACUCUGGCCAGCAGAUCACGUCGAUCAUGCGAAGGUUAUCCGACCACCUCUUUGAUUACGUCGAUUCAUCCCCACUACUUCUCAUAUUGGCACUCCUUGCACAAGGCAACCGAAAACAUGCAAGGGAACUGUUGCUCUGUAUCGAAACCUGUCUGCGGAUAGCCUUAACGAGAGGUUCAAUUGGCAGUGAAUGCCUCAUUAAACUAAUUAACGCUACGCAGCCCAGGAUCGUGAAGCACUCUGAAGCAGCCCUUGGAAAGGUGCUCACAACUCUUCUGGAAAUCAUGUCGGACUCAUUGCGCAUGAAAGCGCGGGUGCUGCCCUCCACACUCAACGCAAUCAUACAAAGCUUGACAAGUAAUGAGAUCCCUGUAUUCGAAGAAGACCCCGACGCUCGGUUCAAGCUACUCAUGUCAAACAUGGUAGAGAAUGCGUCUUACUUCCUCGACCAUCACGUUUGGACAGAUGGGCAGACAGACAGCGAUUACAAUGUCUCUUUGUCAGUUGCGAGAAUCGUCCUCCAAACGCUGGAGCAGGAUCCCACGAACAAACAACCAGCUUCCUACAAAGAAGUCGAGAUCGGAUAUCGUUUAGUGAACUCCACACGGUCGUGGAUCGUCCUGGGUAUAGCAGCACUUCAAGAGCCCAACCGCAAAUGGCCUGCCAUCCUCUUCCAACAUCUCUCCAUGUUCAUUCACUCUUAUACUGCGACGAUGCGACCCUAUGUUCAAGGCAACCUUGCGCCAGACAUUGCAACCACUGAUUUGAAUCACGCCUAUAUUGCGAUCAAGGUGUGGUUGAUGUUGGCACACCAGACGUCGAUAUCUGCCCGGGCAGGGGAUGCCUGCAUGAUUCGAGUAUGGAAUGACUUAUGGCCGAUGUUCGAGAAUGUCUUGAACGCCCUAGAAGCGGAUGCGCGGGCAGGACUGUCUUCGACGCUUAUGGUCCUGGCAACAACGUCGGUCACAGAUCUGUUCUUGUUCCUUCGAACCCUGCAUGCCCCUGUGGCUCUGGACUUGAGCAGUCAAAUUGAAGUUAUGAAUCGAUUGAAGAUGGCCGCCGGGGAAAGUUCGCAUUUGAAGCUUAACCGUGCAGCUCGCGCCGUUCUGGAUGGCUCGCAGGACAUAAGUUUCGAUGCACUCGUCCAGCAAACAGCUAAGGAGUUGGUAGCGACGGAAAAGCUGAGAAUCGCGGAGAGUAGGAGGGACUUUGGCAGGGCUGGGAUAGAACGAUACCGAUGA